UGUUUUGCUAUGGAGAAGGGAUCCACUGAGGAGCUUCUCUUCAAAGACCAAGACUUCUCCUGUGCCCUGUUGAUGCAGCUGAAUGCUCUGCGUCAGAGCAGGAUGCUGACUGAUGUUACCCUCUGCUCUGGGGGCUUUGAAAUCCCCUGCCACCGGAACGUGCUAGCUUCCAGCAGUCCAUAUUUCAAGGCAAUGUUCUGUAAUGAUUUCAGAGAGAGUCGUCAGGCUAAAGUCAUCCUGAAGGGCAUUGACGCUGAGAUUUUGGACCAGAUUAUCCUUUACAUUUACACAGGGGAGAUUCUUAUAUCCACCGAGAAUGUCCUGUGCCUGUUGGAGGCAGCCUCCAUGCUUCAGUAUGAUAAACUGUUUGAGGCCUGCUCUGCUUACCUUCAAGACAAGCUGACUCCUGACAACUGUCUGAGCAUGAUCAGAUUGGCAAAGGUCUUGAACUGCCAAAGACUGAAUAAGAAAGCCAAGGCUAUGGCUUUGAAAUGCUUUCCUCAGGUGGCCUCUUCUGAGGAACUGAAGGACCUUUGUCCCUUGGAGCUCAUUGAGUACCUUGGGGAUGAUGAGCUCUGUGGGGAAGAGGAGCAGGUCUUUGAGGCACUGAUGGUCUGGAUCCGGCAUGACCUCCCGGCAAGACAAGGCUAUAUCCAAGAGUUGUUCAAGAAGGUCCGUCUUCAAUACGUGCAUCCAACUUUCCUCUUCCACUUCAUUGCCAAUGACUCCCUUAUUCAGUCCUCACCCACUUGCAGGAGCAUCCUUGAGUCAGCCUGGAGACAUAUGUUUUCCUUGUAUAGCACUAAUGUGCCUGACAUUAAGCCCAUGCUGCAUGUUCCUCGCAGGUACUCCAACCAAGAGUUCCUCAUCAUCAUCGGUGGCAGGAAGGACAGCCAGCAGACAACAAGGGAUGUCCUGCUCUAUGAUGACAAGACAAACCAAUGGCUAAGCCUGGCCAAACUUCCCAUGCGCCUGUACAAAGCCUCUGCAGUGAGCUUACACAGCAAUAUUUAUGUGCUCGGAGGGAUGCCUGUUAGCAAUAAGAAAAGCCCAGUCAGUGAUAAUAUUUACAUUUACUCCCUCAAACUCAAUCAGUGGAGGUUGGUUGAGCACAUGUUAGUACCACGUUAUUCCCACAGAAGCUUGGCAUACAAAAAUUAUAUCUUAUCAUUCGGUGGAAUAGGCAAAAACCAGGAAAUCCUGAAUUCUGUGGAAAGAUAUGAUAGCAUUUACAACACCUGUGAGAGCAUGGCAAACAUGCCUGUCGCUGUCCUUCACCCUGCUGUUGCUGCCAAAGAUCAGAGGGUCUACCUCUUUGGGGGAGAAGAUAUUAUGCAAAACCCUGUUCGGUUGAUCCAGGUCUACCAUGUCUCCAGGAAUAUGUGGUUUCGAAUGGAGACCAGAGUGGUGAAGAAUGUCUGUGCACCAGCUGUUGUGAUUGGAGACCAGAUUAUCAUCGUAGGUGGGUACACACGAAGAAUAAUUGCUUAUGAUACAAAAGGCAACAAGUUUGUUAAAUGUGCGGACAUGAAGGACAGAAGAAUGCAUCACGGGGCCACUGUCAUCAAGAGCAAGCUGUAUGUCACAGGAGGACGAUGUCUCACCACAGACAAUGUCAUCGAGGACUUGGAUUCUUUAGAUUGCUAUGAUCCAGAGACGGAUACAUGGACACCAAGGGGAAAACUGCCACACAAACUCUUUGACCAUGGGUGUCUUACACUCCAGUGUGUUCCUAGUUCUAACCUUCUCUGA